AAAAAGGAAAAACGGAAAAGGUUUCGAGUCGGAUUUUCUCUAAAACGUACUCCUUCUGGUCGAUGGAGCAGAAAGAAGAAGACGACCGCUCAGAACGGAAUCAGACCAGUUUCCUGCACGGAUUCCUUUAAAGAGGAUCAAGACCUAAAUCCAGGCCGACCACAAA